AUGUCCGCCUCCAAGUCUUCGCCUGCUGUCCGGGGCGAUCGUGGUUUGUAUAGACGUCGCGAUUCUGCCCUUUCCAGCCUUUCCGAGUCCGAGCCUCAACGCCGCCAGAGCCUCGCUGCUCGUUCUGAUUCUCAUCAGGGUGUCGGUGCUUCUCUGGACCUCCCAUCGAGCAGGCUCUCGACUACACAACCAUCUGUGUCAGGCUCUCAGAAUGCAAAAGAAACAAAGGAUUGGAAGCCUCCCUUCAAGUCGAGUUCCCCCAGUCCUCCCCCAAACGCUGGGCUUGACCCUUUGAGUACAGUGAGUAUUUGCGACUAUAACACCACCGAGCCUACCAUCGCACAACGAAUCCUAAAUCAGGGCCGUUCCGACAGCCCUGCUGCAGAGAACCUACAAAGACAGAGCUCCGAACUUAGCAAGUCGCCAAACACUACCCAGGAUUCUAGCAAGGAUCGAAGGAAAGGAGUUUCUUUCCUGAGUCGACUGGGAAUGCGCGGAAGUUGGAGGAAAGAUGAUGACAUGCAGGAAUCCGACUCCGAACUGGGUGAACUGCGAACCGAUGGUACCUACGCACGAGCUCUCACAUCCGUCAUCGGUGCAGGCGGAGGAUACAUACCUCUUCAUAAGGAACCUCCACGAUACAUCCGAGUCAAGGCACAUAACAAGAAGGAUAGAGACUAUAACCACUUAUUCCUCGCACAAGAACUUACAGCCUCAGAACACAAACACACGCAUGGCCGAGCGGUAGCAACGGCAGUUGGAAGCAAGAUCCUUAGGGGUGGUGAUGCUAUCUGGGCAGCCGAAUUCAGCUUGGAUGGACGAUACCUGGCCGUUGCAGGAAAGGAUCAGAUUGUACGAGUGUUUGCUGUGAUAUCUACGCCGGAGGAACGCAAAGCACACGAGGAAGAGGAGGCACAAAAUGGUACUCAUGGUGAGAAGCUUAGUGCUCCUGUCUUCCGCACAAAGCCUGUGCGAGAGUUUAAGGAACACACUGGCGAGGUGCUUGCCUUGAGCUGGAGCAAGAAUAAUUUUUUGCUAUCGUCUUCGAUGGACAAGACCGUAAAGUUAUGGCAUAUGAGCAGGAGUGAUUGCUUGUGCACUUUUGUACACAAGGAUCUCGUCACGUCGAUCGCCUUCCAUCCUACAGACGAUCGAUUCUUCCUCGCAGGAUCACUGGAUGCACAACUCCGAUUAUGGAGUAUUCCGGACAAAAGCGUCGCUUUCCAAGCACCUGUUGGUGAAUUCAUUACUGCGGUAGCCUUUUCCCCCGACGGAAAUAUUGCUAUAUGUGGUGUGCUGAGCGGUCUAUGUACUUUCUACGCUACCGAGGGCUUGAAGCUCAAGUACCAAAUCCACGUCCGCUCAUCAAGGGGCAAAAAUGCCAAAGGAAGCAAGAUCACUGGUAUUCGAACUAUGACGAUACCAUCAGGACCCGAAGCUGGGACGGUCAAGGUCCUGGUUACUUCGAAUGACUCUCGAGUUCGAGUAUAUAACCUAAACGACAAAGUGAUCCAGGUCAAGUACAAGGGACUGGAAAACCAGUCUAGCCAAAUCAAUGCACGCUUCAGCGAUGAUGGCAGCUAUAUUAUCUGCGGCAGCGAAGAUCGGAAGGCCUACAUCUGGAAGAUGGGUGGUCAAGAUGAGAUCAAGGAUAAGCAGCCAUACGAAACAUUCGAUGCUCACCCCGAGGUCGUUACCACGGCUUUGAUGGCUCCGUCGAAGAGUCGGCAACUAUUGAGUGCUUCUGGAGAUCCUAUCUACGACUUGUGUAACCCACCACCUGUGAUGCUGCGAAGCCUCGAAGAAAGCACGCCAAGUCAUUCGGCUCUGUCAGACGAAGACCAUGGCGACUCGCUCCACAGCAACAAGAAGCCGGAAGAAUCACCAGCAUACAUCGAGCGCUCAAGGCAUCUUGACGGAAAUAUCAUCAUCACCACUGAUAGAACUGGAAAGAUCAAGGUUUUCAGACAGGACUGUGCCCAUAAGAAGCGCCAGCAAGGACUCUGGGAGUCAGGUUCUCGAUUAGGCAACCGUCUCUCUGGUGUUGGUAGGAGUGGCAGUGUCAUGACAAGAACAAGCGCGAGCAGUCGUGUUCAAUCGAGACGUGGAUCACUUAACAUUCCUGGUCCCAAUCCUAUCCAACUCCAGCAUGCUUCUGACAGAAUCAACAGCUGGCGUCAAGAUAUCGACGGAGUAAGACCCAGCAUGAACAAUACACCAGCUCGAAGCGAGCGAUCUAUGUCUCCUACCAAACCGGGACAGUCACCGAUCAACUCACCGAUCAACUCAGCGGCCAACCUGGCGCCAGAAUCUCGAAGGAAGCCCUUACCGACGAGUCCCAUCAGCCGCCCGACUCCUACAAGUCCUACCGGCAGUGGUCUAUCUAACCGCACCACAGUCAGAGCUUCACAAGACCGGGAGAGAAACGGCAUCACAAGCCCACCAACCCCAAGUUUCAGCCUUAUCAGUGCCUCUGACUCUGAGGGUGCUAACGACAAGGAGGGCAGUUUCUGGAAUUUGAGCAGAUGGAGAAGUUCACGUCAAAGCCUCCGCUACUCGGCGGCGUUGAACACACCUGCAAGCCCCAACGGGUCACCUACCCCCGGUCAUAAUCGCUCUGGAAGCCAGUUUCUCAGCGUUAGAGAGAGAUCAUCGCCAAGAAUGAGCCUGGGUGUUGACGAGCUGAAGCCACCUCGCCAAGACGUUGCAAACCGUCGCAGAUCAGCAGGACCAAGGUUGACAUCGAGGCUUUCGGUGCAAGGUGAUGAGAAGAAUGGUUUCGAGGAUCAAAUCGAAACACAUGAGGAAAUUACACCAAAUAAAAAACGAGUGGAUUCUGGCGUCGGCCGCAUUAGCGAUGAGUCGGCGGAUUCAGUUGUUCAAUCUUACUGA